AUGGAUCCACCGGCAGCACAGGAGGAGAAAGAGGAAGAAAGGAGAGCUGCCGCCAUACUUGAACUCUUCUCGUCCCCGCGCAGUGGCCCACAGUCGGACGACGUCUUGAAGCUGCGAGUGCUCCUCUUCAAAUCGCCGGAAUGCGCGAAUGAGUUGCCCGAUUUGGACGAGCAUGCAAGGAAGGCACUCCAAUUGCUGACCGAUCUGCGACUGGGCAAGAGCGGCAACACCCUCAUCCACGUUGCCGCCAGAAACGGACGGGCCGAUCUGCUUCCCCCACUCCGGUCCGCGCUUGCCGCGGCGGCCUCCACGUCUGGCCGGUCUGCUCCUGCUGACGCAAAGAAGUCUUUGCCGCUCGCCGAUGUACCCAACGCCAACGGAGACACUCCGCUGAUGUUCGGAGCUAUGGGCGGCUUUGCGGAUGUGGUCGCGUGCCUGCUGGCCUACGGAGUCUCUGCGACCAGCGCCAAUCGGGCAGGGAUGACGGCGCUGAUGUGUGCCUGCUGCGCGGGUGCGGACCAGGGCGACGUGUGCCAUCUGAUCCUUAAGGGCCUGAACGACGCAAGCCACGUGAAUGCGCAGGACAUCAACGGCAAUACCGAAAUUAACCAAAGGAACCGCAUGAACAAGGCUGCGCAAGAUGCGGGCAUCGUGGCCAGAGAAUGCGUAGCAGCCCUGCAGCGCAAAUGGGAAGAGCUGGAGGCGGCCGCUGCCAACACGGAGAAGGGCCUCGUCAAGGAGCGAAAAGGGGCCAAACGACGACUCAGACAGAAGCAAAAGAAGGAGGCCACCAAGCCGCAGAAGAAGGAACAACCCAGCGAAACGGAGAGUGGCACAGUGGCGCACGAGGCCGGACCAAGCAGUGAAGAGAAGAAGCCACCCCACAAGGAUGCAUUCCCAGCCCCAGCGUCGACGUAA